AUGUAUCCGCAUAACUGUUACUUCCUGCUUGCAGACACAUGUCCAUAUUCCAAAGCAGAUGGGCAGGCCCAGACACUCGAGCAGCGGAGGCGCAAUGCCAAGUUCGCAAAGGAGCAGGACGCCCGCCGCGGCAAAUCCGAGACGGAGAUCAAGAAGCGCACCAAGGACGUGACCAAGUCGCCCAUCUCCCCCUUCUGGCUCAUCAUUCUCGCCUUCGUCGUCUUCGGCGGCCUAGUGUUCGAGGUCCUCUCGCGCAUCUUCUUCCGGUAG